AUCUUUUUUGCGUGUAUUUUCAAUACGCCUAUCGACACGGGUCACUGACUCUACCGAAUUCGCGAAGUGAGUAAUUCUGAAGGAAAAAAACGUCCGAAAAUUCACUGUUAACGCCCCACGGCCCACGCAAGAAGUGUGUCACCGGGCUAACAAGUAGUCCAUCUCUUCACCCAGGCGAGUUCUAGGGGGUGACACGGUCGUUUUUACGGCGAAAACAGAGGCUAAACAGACACAGCAAUGAGUUCGAAAAGUGGGAAGAGGGGACGAUCUUCGUCGAAGAGCCAGCCGGAGCCCCCCGGCAAGCCGCGGCUAUGUCGGAUGGUCAGGGGAUCGAGCGGCUACGGGUUCAAUCUCCACAGUAAACAGGGGCAGCAUGGCCAGUAUAUACGGGGGAUAGAUGCAGGAUCCCCGGCAGAGGCAGCAAAGCUGAGGAAAGGCGACCGCGUCAUCGAAGUCAACGGCGUCAACAUCGAGCGGGAGACGCACGCGCAGGUGGUCACCCGCAUCAAGAGUGGCGGGGACCGCACGACGCUGCUGGUGGUCGACAGCGAGCUGGACCAGCACAACAAGAAGUACGCCCUGACCGUCGAGGCCAAGACCGCGGAGGAGAGCCAAUUCAUCGAGGAGGACGCCCCGGCGCAGCAACCCGAGGUGGAAGCGGAGGAGGAGGACGCCCCCAAGGUCAACGGUGACGCGUCGUCGCCGGAGGAGAACGGCGUCGUGCUGACGCCGGUCAUCACGGCAGCGGAGGUCACCCAAGAGGAGGCCGCACCCGAGAGGAUAGAGGAACCGGUGGAGGAGGCCGUGGUGUCUGUGGAGGAGUCGGUACCCGUCGAGUCGGUACCCAAUGAUGUGCAUGCAACGGCAGUGGAAGCUGAGACUGAGGAGACGGCCAGGCAACCCGAGGAAGAUGCCAUUGAGCCGGAGGUGAUCGUCGCUGUUGCGGCAGCCGACGUCGAGUCAACGCCGGAAUAUAUCAGAGAGCCUAGCCCCGAGAGGGAAUCAUCACCAGAACCUGAGAGGAUCAUCGCCCCCGAGAUCCAGGUGGAGGAACCCCAAGAACCCCCGCAAGAACCCCCAUCAGACCCCGAACCAGUUCCCCCAGUAGUCCUAGUCCCUGACCCACAGACAGUCCAAGACCCAGAACCGGAAACCCAGCCAGAACCCACUCAGACCCCCGAAGAACCAGAACCAGAACCAGAACCUCCUUUGGAACCGGAACCCAUAAAAGAACCAGAACCCAUAAAAGAACCAGAACCCAUAAAAGAACCAGAACUGGAACCAGAACCCCCCUUGGAACCAGAACCCAUAAAAGAACAAGAGCCCGAGGUCUCUGAAGAACCAGAGACCCCAGUAGAGAAGGAACCAGAACCGGAGCUUGCCGCUCCUCCCGCAGUGAUUGCCGACGAACCUUCACCGGAACCAGAACUGGAACCAGAACCCGAGCGAGAACCAACACCAGAACCGGAACCCGAGCCCGAACCAGAGCCAGAACCCGUUACAGAACCCACACCAGAACCCACACCGGAACCGGAACCUGAACCCGAACCAGUCCCUGAACCAGAACCAGUGAGGGCCCCCACACCAGAACCUGUGCGAGAGCCCACACCAGAACCGGAGCCCGAACCGGAGCCAGCCAAAGUCCCUACCCCAGUGCCCGUCGUCGUGGACGAGCCGGACCAUUCCAAGAGCAAAGCGCCCUCGCCCCCCGAGCCAGAGCCACAGCCAGAGCCCAAACCCGUCAAGCCCAAAGCCACUGAGAAGGCCAAGGCCUCCAAACCAGAAAGACCUGCUGAGGCUCCCCAGAAGGGCGGUCUGGACCUGUCGGACAUGGCCAAGGCCAGAGCCCUAGCCGCUGGCAAGAAGAAGAAGAAGGCUGCCUCCAGUGCCGACUGGAAGUCUAAAUACAACGCCUUCCAGAACUUGUAAGAAAAUUCAGGGCUUCAUCCUAUCAAAGCUGUUCUACCGUACCAUCUUAUUUGUCAUGUUGUCAUUUUUAUGUCAUUUUUUUCCCCUCUUCUGUAAACCAUCACUUUUGUUUUAUAGUUUUUCCCAAUAAAAAUGUGUUCUAGUAAUUAUGUACAGCUGAGGGCAAAAUGCUUCUAGACGUGAAGUUUUUGUUUUUUUUUAAUGAGAAAUUUACUUUCCAAAAAUUAGUUUUUCUGUGUACGGACAGAGAGCGUCGUCUGGUACAACUUUGAGUUUUCUUGUUGACGACUCGUUUGUCGUCUUAACUUUGUGUUUUGUUCUUUUUUAAAAUUUAGCAAUAAAUGUUUUUGAUUUUUUUUUAAUCCAAGUUUAGUUUUGUGAAUACGAGUCAGUUGACUCAAAUCUCAUCUUGAAAGUAAUUGAACGUUUUUUUAAACCAUGAUCGUAGAAUUUUUUUUUUGCCUUGAUUAUCCCACUUGUCACAAGUUUUGGUAAUCAUUUCAAGACUAAAACAACAAAAAAGCCACCAAAAAGUGUAAAUAUUUGGAAAAAAAAUUUACUUCUGUUUAUGAUCGUGUGCCUAUAAACCACAAAAUUUGUAACUUUUGGGACAAUCAUCAACAAGUCCAAAAUGUGGAACGAUGCAACUUAGUUUGAUUUUCUGUCUAAACAAAAAUGUACAUUUGUCCUUUUUGAAAUAACUUUUACUUAUUGGCAUAUAUACUCAUCAACCAUUCCAUUAAGCAUUGAACAAAAAACA